AUGAAAAUCAUGAAAGUUCUUAAAUUUAAAAUAUUUCAAAUGAGUAAUUAUUAUCAAAGAGCACAUAACUUUCGCAACUUCCAGCAAUGUUUUUUGUACAGAAGAAAAAGCAGUUUAAGGUUAUGGGAACAGGACAUAAACACUGAAAUUAAAUUGAACAUUGAGAAGCAAUGGUCUAGUGUUGUCAGAAGAUCAGCAGUCAACAAUGGGAAGAAGCCAUAUUAUGUGUUACCUAUGUUUCCUUACCCAUCAGGGAAUUUGCACAUGGGUCAUGUUCGGGUAUACUCUAUCUCAGACACAAUUGCAAGAUUUGAACAGUUAAAUGGAAGGUAUUCUGUUCACCCUAUUGGAUGGGAUGCUUUUGGUCUACCAGCAGAAAACGCAGCAAUAGAAAGAAAUAUUCCACCUAGCCAAUGGACUAAAUCAAACAUAAAUUCUAUGAAAAAUCAAUUAGAGAAGUUGGGAUUCAAUUUUGAUUGGAAAAGAGAAAUCUCUACAUGUGAUCCUAGCUAUUACAAAUGGACACAAUUUAUAUUUUUAAAGUUAUUUGAAAAAGGUUUAGCCUAUCAAAGUAAGGCACAAGUAAAUUGGGAUCCAGUAGACAUGACAGUUUUGGCUGAUGAACAAGUUGAUGAUCUUGGUUGUUCAUGGAGGUCGGGUGCUAAAGUUGAAAAGAAAUACUUAACUCAGUGGUUUAUAAAAACAACAAAGUUUGCAAAAGCUCUGUAUGAUGGGCUAGAUAGUGAAGAGUUGGAAAAUUGGAAAGAUAUUAUUAACUUACAAAAACAUUGGAUUGGAGAAUGUGAUGGAGUUAUAGUGAGUUUUAAACUCGAAGUUAAUGGUGAAAUGAAAACAUUUGAUGUUUGGACUGCAGAACCUUAUAAAUUUAUUUAUGGUGAUUUCGUAACAAUGAAUUCUAGUCAUCCAAUAAUCCAGGAAUUGAAAUCUCAUAAAAAUUUCACACUUGUAUGCUUGAACCCUAUAUCAAAUCGUGAAUUACCUGUUUGUAUAGUUGAUGAUGUUAACUACCCUGAAGGUAGGAAUGUCUACAUUGGAUGUUCACAAGUUGAUAAAGAAGACAAAAAAAUCGCUAAUCUUUUAAAUGUACCUAUUAGCAGUGAACAAUUGAAAAUUGAUAUUGAGAGUGAAAAUAGCCGGGCAGUUGAUAUGGCACUUAACAAAAAUGUUGGUGGUCACUUUGCUAGCUCGAAACUCAAAGAUUGGCUUAUAUCUAGACAAAGAUAUUGGGGAACUCCUAUACCAAUAAUUCAUUGCAAAACAUGUGGUGCAGUUCCUGUUCCUUAUGAAGACCUUCCUGUAGAACUACCUGAAAUUGAGUCUAGUACAGGUAUACAAACAUUAGAAAAGUUAGAGCAUUGGAAAAAAUGUACAUGUCCUAAAUGUCAAUCUAGUGCGAUAAGAGAAACUGAUACCAUGGACACUUUUGUGGAUUCUUCAUGGUAUUAUUAUCGUUUCUUGGAUCCAACUAAUGAACAAAUGCCAUUUUCUAAAGAACAGGUUAUUGAUCACAUGCCUGUCGAUAUUUAUGUUGGGGGCAAGGAACAUGCUGUGUUGCAUUUAUAUUAUGCUAGAUUUAUGAGUUAUUUCUUGCAUUCACUUGGAUGGACACCAACUAAAGAACCUUUUCAAAAACUAGUGGUACAAGGAAUGGUAAUGGGGCAAUCUUUUAAAUUGAAGAGUUCUGGGAAAUAUAUACCCCCUGAACAGGUUGAAAAGGUUGGAAAAUACUAUAAAGAAAAGAGCACAGGUAAUGCUGUGGUAACACAAUGGGAAAAAAUGAGUAAAUCUAAAUACAAUGGUGAAAAUCCGGAAAGGUUACUUGCCACAUAUGGUUGUGACACUACUCGUCUUUUGAUUUUGGCAGAUGUACCACCAGCGACACCCAGACGCUGGUCAGAUGCAACAUUACCUGGCGUAUUAAAUUGGCAACAUCGAUUAUGGAUGACCAUGAGGGAAUUUUUGAAUCAUCGUAAUAACGUACCUGUAGAGACUACUUUGACUCCUGAAGAAUUUCAUAAACAUGAAUACAAAAUAUGGGAUUCAAGAAACUAUUUAAUUGCCACUACAACUUAUCAUUUCAAGCACACUCAAAAACUAAGUGUGGGCAUUUCAAGACUCCAAAGUUUGACUAGUGUUCUAAGGAAUAAAGUACCGCCUGAAGUGAUAACUAAAAGUAAGGAAUAUGAAAAGGCUUUAGCAGUGUUAAUAAUUAUGCUGGCACCGGUAACUCCCCACUUUUGUUCUGAGCUGUGGGCUGGCUUACAAUCUGCACCCAAUAGAUUGACAGAAUCAUCGAAUUUGGUUGAUUGGGAGAAAUGUGUACUCGAACAGAGUUGGCCAAAAGUAGAUGAAAGUUAUGAGUUAUCAUUUUUGUGUAAAGUUGAUGGGGCAGACAGAUGUGAACUUAAAUUAAAAUCCAGUGACCUCUUAAGUCUAACUCACGAGAAGGCAGUACAAAUGAUGCUAAAUCAGGAGUCUGUCAAAAAGAGACUUACAACUGAAAUACAUAAGACUAAAUUUGAGUUGUAUCCUCAUUGUCGUGCAAUAUUACACAUCUAUCCAAAGAAAAAGAAGGUAAAACAAGAAAAGGUAUCAGAUUCUGUUGUUUAA